CAGCACAUGACCGACGCCUCGCGAAACUAUAGUUCUCGCUGCAACUCCGCAAACCCGCCAUUCUCCCCCACGUCCACUGCUGCCACAAUGUUAAGCGGCGGCCUAUCGAUCCCCGUCUACGACGACGGCCCGGACGGAAAUAUCGCCGCACCUGCAAAGUCGAGACUCGUCCAACCACGAAGAAAGCGCAAGAAACUUGUGGGGUUUCCCGGGAAACAUGAAUUCCUCAGACGGCGGAUGCUGGGGAAACUCUUCAAAUGGUGGCCGCUGCUGCUGUUUCUUCCCGCCAUUGGACUGCUUGUGCUCGAGUGGUCGAGAAUUCUUGGAGUUUCUCGCCAAAUGGGGCGGCCGAAACACGAUUUCUCGGAAAAGGAAGUCCAGGGCAAUUUGAAUCGGCUCGAUCCCACCACGCGUAUGGUGAAUGGCACCAGACAACGGUGCUUGAAGCUUUUGCCUCCUGAAGAACUUCAAUAUUUGGAUCUUCCUCUGCCUGGACAUUCCAGCUUUCCUGUUAAAAGAGUUGCAUACAGAUCAGAGACUGAUAGACUUUCCAUUAUUGGUAACACCACUGUGUUACAACCUCAUUCAGGAACUACAAAAUUUAAUCUGUUCACUGGAUAUCAAACGCUUGAAGAGAGAGAGCAGAGUUAUAAGGUGAAUGAAACUGCUGUGGUUCAUUGUGGUUUCUACAGUGAAAAUGGAGGGUUUAAGGUUUCUGAUGAGGAUGAGAAUUUCAUGCGAAGCUGUGAAGUUGUGGUGUCUACCUGUGCAUUUGGUGGUGGGGAUGAUCUGUAUCAACCUAUAGGAAUGUCAGAAGCAUCACCCAAAAAGGUUUGCUUUGUGGCAUUUUGGGAUGAAAUCACUCUUGCUGCUCAGCAGUUGGAGGGGCACCCAAUUGAUGAGGACCAUAUGAUUGGUAAAUGGCGAAUUGUGGUUGUCAGGGAGCUUCCGUUUCUGGACCAACGGUUGAAUGGUAAAAUCCCAAAGAUGUUAGGACAUCGAUUGUUUCCUCGAGCAAGGUAUUCAAUUUGGGUGGACUCAAAAUCUCAGUUUCGAAGGGAUCCCUUGGGUGUUUUAGAAGCACUUCUUUGGCGUACAAACUCGGAGCUAGCAAUUUCAGAACAUGGAGCUCGAAGCAGCGUAUAUGAUGAGGGAAAGGCUGUUGUCAAGAAAAACAAGGCCACACCAGAAGAAGUUGAGGUGCAGUUGUCUCAGUACCGUCAGGAUGGUUUCCCUGAUGAAAAGAGGUUCAACGGAAAGAAAGCUUUAUCUGAAGCUUCAGUCAUUGUGAGGGAGCAUACGCCAAUGACGAAUCUGUUCAUGUGCCUCUGGUUCAACGAGGUGGUUCGUUUUACAUCACGUGAUCAACUCAGCUUCCCGUAUGUGCUCAGGCAACUUGCGGUGCUCAAGAAUAUAAACAUGUUCCCUGUCUGUACUCGUAAGGAUCUUGUCAAUAGUAUGGGCCACAGACGCAAGGUUAAACCUCUGAAGAGUUGAUAGUUGAUCAUAGGGUUUUUGAUAGUAUGAGAAUUUGGCCUAUAAUGACUUAAUAUCUUCUUGCAAUGUUAGAGCUCAUUUGCUUUUGUAUGCUCUCUAAUCCAUUCUUUGAUCAAUUUGUUGAUAAUUUCAUUAUUAAGGAUAUAUGAUUGUAACAUCAACCAUCUUAAUUGCUUAUUUAUAUUUUUAUCGUUUUAGCUUGAUGCUUCUGCAAAUAAUAACUCUGUUUUU